GCAUCGAGCAGAUCAUGCCCGGACCGACAGCACGGCUAGCAGCGGCCGCUGCCUCUCAAACGUCUUUGAUGAGGCUCUUCAGACAACAUGAGCCUCCUUGACCUCACUGUAUAGGCUUGCUUUGCACUGCGUGUUUGCUCAUUCCCCAUUCGAGAUUUUUACUCCGCACGUCUCACGGCAACUUCGGCUCCGUGAUCAAGGGGGCCAUCUCCGCACCCGGCUCUGUAGCUUCUUGGUUGCACCUUUCUCCCUGCCUUGUAGUUCUUCGAGGGUCGCGAUGAGAGGAGUCACCCGUUUAGCCUCGUCCUCGUGGCGGGCCGCUACAAUUCGCAAUGUUGGGGCGAGGAGGUGUUUCUCAUCGACGCCAUCUCCACAGGCAACGUACGGCUUCAUCGGCCUCGGCCAGAUGGGGUAUCGGAUGGCAAAAAAUCUUCGACAGAAGCUUCCCGAAACAGACACAGUCAUCGUCAACGACGUCAACAAGGAUGCCGUUGGCAAAUUCGUUGAUGAGCUCUCUGGUUUCACAGUUCUAGCCGCCGAAAGCCCUAGAGAAGUUGCUGAGAAAGCGUCUACCAUUAUUACGGCGCUACCAGAGCCUCAACAUGUUAAGGCCGUGUACAAGGCCAUGUUGGAGCCUGCCACUCUGUCUACGGAAGGAGAGAAGGAGCGCUUGUUCAUUGAUACCUCAACAAUUGAUCCUAUGACUUCUACGGAAGUUGCCAAUCUCGCUCUGUCGACUAAGCAGGGCAAAUUUGUCGAUGCUCCUAUGUCUGGUGGUACUGUUGGUGCUGGCGCAGGAACUUUAACUUUCAUGAUUGGCUGCCCAGACGAGCUGGUUGGUAGAGCCACCGAGGUCCUGUCUCUGAUGGGACGGAGAGUGCUGCAUCUCGGAGGUCCCACGUCAGGCUUGAAGGGAAAGCUUGCAAACAACUACCUCCUGGCUUUGAACAACAUUGCCACAUGCGAGGCCAUGAACAUGGGCGUCUCGUGGGGUUUGGAUCCAAAGGCGCUGGCUGGUAUGAUCAACAUCAGCACUGGUAAAUGCUGGCCAAGUGAGGUGAACAACCCGGUUCCCGGUGUCGUUGAGACAGCGCCGGCCUCCAGAGAUUACGAAGGCGGAUUUGGCGUGGCAUUGAUGAACAAGGAUUUGAAGCUCGCGAUCAAAGCUUGUGAAGAAUUCGGCGUGAACAUCAAAAUGGGACCGCUUGCCAAACAGAUCUACGAUGAGGUCCAGGCGAAGCCUGAAUUCAAAUCAAAGGACUUCUCGGUUGUGUAUAGAUACCUGGGAGGCAAGGAGUAAGUGGAGAGCAAAAAUUCAUUUAGCCGCCCCAAAAAUUAAAUCACACGGUUCUCUGUUUUGAUAUUCUCGAAAGGCGCCAUGAUGUAGCCGAAGUCUGCAGAACUCUCCCUUUCAA